AUAACUAGCAGCUAGCUAGUGAAGAGGGAUGUGAAGUGCAAAAUGGGGAUAUGAUAUAGAAAAGAAAAAGACAGGAGUCGGCUAUCUUUAUUAUUUUAUACUCGUAGUCUGCAUGUAAUUACUCUUGUCAAGUCAUAUUAACAAUAAUUGGAUUUUUUUUUAAAAAAAAAUAAAAAAAUAAAAAAUCUUUGAAUUAAGCAUUACUAAUAUUUAUUUCAUAUACUUCUCCUUUAUUUUAUAAUAGUAUCAUCAUGUUAUACCGUAUAUUUUCUUAUGACGAUUCAUAUUAGCUGACCUCAAAUCAUUUAGGGACUAAUGUUUUAAUGUCGUAAUCUCAUACUCAUUUCACGAUUAUGAAGAGCUAUUUUUUCACCCAACACUCUUAUAAAACCCAAACACAAUCCUCAAACAUUCUACAACAAAAAAUCACAAUGAGUAGCUAUAAUCAACUUUCACUCUUCUCCACCAUUCUCCUCUUCCUCCUCCUCGCCUCAAUCCUCUCGGCCGAAAAAUGCCACCCCGACGACAAAAAAACCCUCUUCAAGAUCAAAAAAGCCUUCAACAAUGCCGACAUGUUCGCCUCAUGGACACACGACACCGACUGUUGUGAGUGGUACUUAGUCAGCUGCGACGAAACAACCAACCGCAUUAUCAGCCUCUCCGUCAAUAGAGACGAUGAGGUUGCGGGACACAUCCCCGACACCGUCGGAGACCUCCCGUACCUUGAACAACUCAUCUUCACUGACCUCCCUAAGCUAACCGGUCCAAUCCCUCAAACCAUUUCCAAGCUUAAAAACCUUAAAUUCUUAUGGCUUAGCCAUAACAACUUAACCGGUUCAAUCCCCGAUUUUUUUGGUCGACUCACAAAAUUAACCUACAUUAACCUCUCCGUAAACAAACUCACCGGUCCAAUCCCGCCUUCUGUAUCAUCCCUCCACAAACUCGGCGCACUCUUCUUAGAGCGUAACCAACUCAAAGGAACAAUUCCCGCGAGCUUUGGAGGGUUUAAAAACAACCCGGAUUUCUACCUUAAGCUAGCCAAGAACCAACUUUACGGACCGCUCCCAAAAUCUCUAGGAGCGGUCAACUUCUCGGUUCUAGACCUUAAUAGGAACAUGUUCACCGGUGAUGCCUCGAUGUUGUUCGGGACAAACAAGGGCUUACAAUCCAUCGACAUUUCGAGGAACAAAUUUUCGUUCGACCUUAGUAAAGUGAGGUUUCCUAAAGAAUUAAAUGUUAUUGAAUUAAGUCAUAACAUGAUUUACGGUAGCAUUCCACCUACAUUGGCGAAACAGGAACAUAUACAAAGUUUUAACGUAAGUUACAACCGGUUGUGUGGUAAAAUUCCGAGUAGCCAGGAGUUGAAGAGUGUCGAUAAGUACUCGUAUGCACAUAACAAGUGUUUGUGUGGCUCUCCUUUGCCUCCAUGCAAGAAGUAAAAUGCUUGUUCAAAAAAAUAAUUUUAGAGCGAGCUAUGUAUCAAUCAACUGAUUGAAUUGUUGGAUUUUUUUUUUUUUGUUUUUUUUUUUUUUUUUUUUUUUUUGCACUUGAAUUGUGUGGCUCUUAGUCAAUUUCUAAAUUUUAGAGUGUUGUCGGUAAAAAUUUUCCAAUUGUACGUCUUUUUGUCUUGUGUAUAGUACGAAGUAAUUCGUUUUUUUUUGUCUUCUUUGGUUAUAUUUCGUAUUAAUAAAAUAUGGAUAAUCAUAUUGUGUUAUAAAUCUAAGAGAAUUUAACUCAAAUUAGAAAGUUAAAUGUUUUGGGCACUCUAAUAUGGACCACCUUUAAUUUUAAUAAAUUGAAAAAGA